AUGGCGCUGGUUGUUGUCGUUCGGCACAGCAGAAGCAGGGUAGGCCAGCGACGAGGGCUUGGGGAGGUCGAUCUGGUCGCCUCCGAGACUUGGGCGCGCCAGAGCUUCGAGCUGGAGGCGGCGGACGACAUCCAUGGCUGCUCCCGGAGCUUCGCCAGAGGCGCGCGGACAAGGCAGGGCACGGGAGCUCGAGUUGGGCCCCUCCCCUCUUGGGGCCUGGGGCGGUCGCCCGUUUUGCCUGGCCUAUGGGCCGACCCUGGAUGCCCCCGCCCGCACGACGAGACGUCGACGGACGUGGCGACACUGCAAGGGAAGCGAUGCCUCGACCGGGACGGGGACUGGUCGCUCAUGCUCGACGAGCUCAACAAUGAGUGCUCGCUCUUUGGCUGCGCGCUCUCCGCGCAAACCCCGCCCGACUGCACCGUCGUGCUCGACUUGGUCAGGGAGAAGUCUCUCCUCCACUGCCGCCCCGGCGACGCCGAGUGGUCCCGCCUCCCCGUGGAGUUCGCCGAGGAGGGGGACGAGUUCGACGGCCCCAUAACCGCCGGCCAGCACGGGAAGCUGUACGCGACGAGCAUGGUAUCCCUGGUGGCCACCGACGCGUCCGGCCCGACGCCGGUGGUUGAGAGGACGGACAUGAGGCACCCGCCAGCGUGCCCCGUGCACGAGGGGUACAAGUGCUACCCGGUGCCAUGCCCUGGCGGCGAGCUCUUCUUGGUGCGUUGCUGCCUCUUUGGCCUCCCGGCGGAGGUGGUGGACGUGAAGGUUUUCCGAUGGAACGAUGAGGACAAUGCGUGGGAGACGGUUGUAACCAUCAGGGAGAGAACGUUCUUCGCCGGCAGGUUUACUUUCGCGGUCCCGUCGGCGGCUGAAGCAGGAACCCGAGUCAACACCAUCCAUGUGCUGCGCUCAGUUUAUGGUGAAUCUCAUAUCUACACUGUGUCUCUCGACGACAUGACCUUAAGGAUGAGUGCAGUCGAGGGAUGCGAUGAUGAUGAUGAUGGCGACCAGGCAUUUUGGGCUCUUCCCACUAGCUUCGGUCUGGUAGCAGCACGAUCCAGCGACACUCCUGGUGGUCUCUCCAAUGAGGUGAUGCAAACAAGAAGUGAACAUUGCUGCAAAGAGGAAGAAAAAGAGGACAUGAUGACGAACUCUGCAGGCGAGAGGCGAUGGUGUGAUUUCCACACUGAUUUGUUGCAGCUACUAGUACCUAAGAUUUCAUUCAUCGAUUUCCUACACCUGAAAGCUGUCUGCAAGCAGUGGAAUUCCAUUACAAGUCCUAUCCAGAAUGCAAAAGUGUCGCCAUUGCUCAUGACAACCCGCCCAGCAGGAGGAGCCAAGGAGGAUGUCCUAGAGGUCUUUGACCCGGUGAGCGAGAAGAAAUACAACAUCAGGGUAAACGUCCCUGCUUCAGGUCUCAAAUCGCAGGGAUCGCAGUUACUACAUUUCACAAAGAACGGCGGGAUCAUCGUGUCCAGAGGCGGCGACCACAUGUUCUUCCUAGUGAACCCAUUCAAGGAUUACCCAAAUGGGGGCCAUGUGAUUGCUCUUCCAGCUCUGGAUCUCCUUGGCCACAAAGGAUUGUCGUUUUCCUCGGUGCCGGGGUCUCCGGACUUCGUGGUCCUCGCCACUAGUUGUACCCCUGAUGACAAAGUUAUCACCAUACAAACAUGGCGAAUGGGAGAUGAAGAGUGGAAGGAAGAAAUCCUAGGCAAUUAUGACGUGCCGUUCUUCAUGUCAUCUCAAAGCCCCGUCUUCCAAGACGGGGUUUUCUAUUUCCUGGACAUCAAUGACAGGCUUGGAGUCGUGGACCCAAAUGAGGACGAGAUGGAGUGGAGGGUCCUUGACAAGCCAGAUCAACCGAUACGUGGAAGCACCGAGGUGCAUCUUGCUGAAUGGGAACACAACUAUUUGGUGGAGUGGAAGGCGGAGCUAGUCGCCAUUUUCAGGGAUAGUGCCGAUGGGUCAGUUAGAAUGUUCAAGCUAGACCGGUCUCAGAUGGUUUGGUCGGAGUUGGAAGUGAUGGAGGACGCGGCCGUGUUCUGGGAUAGGAGAAAUGCUCUGAUUGCUGUGCUGCCCACCGGAGAAGAUUUAUGUAACAAGAUGUCCCUACCGAACUAUAGCGAGACAGACCGUGGCGGCAGGACUCGGAGCUUCUACUCAUUUCGGGAGCAAUGCUACUACCCUUCUUUCAACGCCAAGGAGCCCAUGAACGCCGUAUGGUUUCAGCCAGACUUGAACGCACUUAUGGCGACGACUCACCAGUAGUGCAUGUUAUUUUCUUGUUGACUGAGAGCCUAGCCAGCAGUUCUUGCAAAUUCAUUGCAACAUAGGUAGCUAAGGAACAGGCAACUGUACGGGGGCUAAACAUCUAGUGCUAUAUUGUCGCCAAGCAAGACACCAUGUUUCUU